GUUUCUCCAUCACUGUUUCAAAGCCAAAGGUACCAUCUUUGAAGUACACCGUCUGGGAUUCUCUCUCUCUCUCUCUCUCUCUCUCUAUUUCUCUGAGAUCCGAAAGCAAUUCCACCCAGAAAUUUCUUUUCUUUCCUUGCCAGUCACAAAAUUUUGGCCACGUGAAAUCCAAUUUCUGCUUAAUAAAAAGCUGAAAACAAAUUAUUUUUCUCUUCCUCAAAGCCCAAAACUGUUGCUCUUUUAUAUUAUACGUCUUAUAUAUAAUUUUUCAGAUAUAUAUAUAUAUAUAUUUUUUUUUUUAUGCUUUUUCUUCUUGAUACGUUAGAGAUUAUCGCCCUUCUUAGAUCCUCCAAAGUUAGUUUUUCUAUUUUUCCUCUAAAAUUUAGCGGAACUACUUAGAAGAACUCACACUUCUACUGCGUGAUCUAUCUAUAGGCUCUUUCUUUUCCAGCUAAAUUUAGAGACUUCCGCCAGAAAUAUUAUUUCGGCCUCAAAAAAAUUUCGUUGUUCUUCACAAAGUCUUUGUUCCUCAUUCCAACACAAAGAAGCUAAAAAGCUUUAUUAGCCCCAAAGCUUAAUUGGAUUCAUCUUCUUUUUGACUGAAACAUUCUGGAUUUUUAAUUUUAUUUUAUUUUAUUUUAUUUUCCUUCAACAUUUGCUUUUUCUGAAUUAGGGUUUUUCAGUUUUGUAUAUGUUAUUUGUUCGUGAUCAUAGCUUGGUGAUCUAGACGUUAUAGUUGCAAUCUUUGUUGAGGUGAUUUGGGCAUCUGGGUCAUUGAAUUUCGGUGAAAAGUCGUUUAACUUUGUGAUCCAGGCUUUUAAGUUCCAACUCUGAGUGUUGGAUGCGCCUAAUUGGUUAACUGCUUUGAAGGGUGUUGAUGUUUUGUUGGUAAGAUGCAGCCUGAUCAGCGAAGAAAGUCAGGUGCCGAUGUGGACUUUUUCACCGAAUAUGGUGAGGGGAGCAGAUAUAGAAUAGAGGAAGUAAUUGGAAAAGGAAGCUAUGGUGUGGUGUGCUCUGCAUAUGAUACACAUACUGGAGAAAAAGUUGCUAUUAAGAAAAUAAAUGAUAUCUUUGAACAUGUCUCUGAUGCAACCCGCAUUCUUCGUGAGAUUAAACUUCUUAGACUGCUCCGUCAUCCAGACAUUGUUGAAAUCAAGCAUAUCUUAUUACCUCCUUCCAGAAGGGAAUUCAAAGACAUAUAUGUUGUUUUUGAGCUCAUGGAAUCUGAUUUACACCAGGUCAUAAAAGCAAAUGAUGAUUUGACGCCAGAACAUUAUCAGUUCUUUCUUUAUCAGCUUCUACGAGGCCUGAAAUACAUACACACAGCAAAUGUCUUCCACCGAGAUCUGAAACCCAAAAACAUAUUAGCAAAUGCUGAUUGCAAACUGAAGAUCUGUGACUUCGGUCUUGCUAGAGUAGCUUUUAAUGAUACUCCCACAGCUAUUUUUUGGACGGACUAUGUUGCAACAAGAUGGUACAGGGCUCCUGAAUUAUGUGGAUCAUUUUUUUCAAAGUAUACACCAGCAAUAGAUAUAUGGAGCAUUGGGUGCAUCUUUGCAGAACUUUUGACAGGAAAACCGCUUUUUCCUGGGAAGAAUGUUGUCCAUCAAUUGGAUCUGAUGACUGAGCUGUUGGGAACACCGUCUGCUGAAGCCAUUGCCAGGGUAAGGAAUGAGAAGGCCCGGAGAUACUUAAGCAGCAUGCGGAAGAAGAAGGCAGUUCCAUUAUCGCAAAAAUUCCCAAAUGCAGACCCACUGGCCCUUCGGCUAUUAGAAAGAAUGUUGGCAUUUGAACCCAAGGAUCGACCUUCUGCUGAAGAGGCCCUUGCAGAUCCCUAUUUUAAGGGCUUGGCAAAGGUUGAGAGAGAACCUUCUGCUCAACCAGUAACCAAGAUGGAAUUUGAAUUUGAGAGGCGAAGAAUAACAAAGGAAGAUGUACGGGAGCUUAUUUACCGUGAGAUUCUUGAGUACCAUCCAAAGAUGUUGAAGGAAUACUUGGAGGGAUCGGAGCCAACAGGUUUCAUGUAUCCAAGUGCUGUUGACCAUUUUAAAAAGCAAUUUGCAUUUCUUGAGGAGCACUAUGGAAAUGGCGCAACUGUUGCUCCACCUGAGAGACAACAUGCAUCACUUCCUAGGCCAUGUGUGUUAUAUUCAGAUAACCACGUACAUAAUUCAGCAGAAGUUACAGAUGAUCUCUCUAAAUGUCGCAUCAAAGAAGUUGAGAAGCCACAGGUGGACAGGAGUUGUGGAAUUCCGAUGACGAGGCUUCCAAUCCAAGUUCCUCAAACCAUCCAAGGAGGAGCUGCAAGGCCUGGGAAAGUUGUUGGUUCUGUACUACGUUACAACAAUUGCGGAGCAGCUGCAGCUGAGGCACUUGAACAACGAAGAGCAGUCAGGAAUCCAUCUAUCCCAACUCAAUAUGCUGGAUCAUAUCCUAGAAGAAACCCACCCUGUAAAAAUGAGAGGGGAGAAGACGAAGUGGUCGAAGGUUCCAACUGUUUGCAGCCAAAACCACAAUACAUGGCCAGGAAAGUUGCUGCUGCUCAAGGUGGAUCUGGAAGUCAUUGGUACUGACUAAUGAUACAUUCUUCCAACAAACUCCUGCCCAUAUUCAACAUAGAAGGGGAAAGAAAUUGGAGAUUUAACUGUCAAACUGUCAUAUCAUAAAGUCGUCAAUUCCAUGUGGUUCUGCACUCACAAAAGGAUCGAAGCCUGCAACUCUUGUUGGAGGUUUUGGCUACAAAUUGUACUUUGUAUCACUAAUUCAGAAAGUGUAGAGAAGGGUUUCUACGGAUAAUAUAUCCCAUUUACCCUCUUUCAAUUCACAAUCCCAAGAUACAAAAUGGACAUUUGAUGUCAUGAGCGAAGAAAGGGCUAAGCUGUUAGAUGGCUUGGCAAGUUCUUUUAUGUUUUCCUCUCAUUCUUUGCAAAGUUAACCUAAGUUGUUUAUUUAGUCCUUGGGUUCGGAUAAAAGGUUUGUACUCAACCCGUUAUCUUCUACUUGAAAUGGUGACUGAUAUCAUUUUGCUUCU